CUCGUUCUUUAAACUCACAUCCCUUAUAGUCCUUACUCACUACGCAUCUUCAAUUCCCAUUUUUUCCUGUGAAUUUCACAAAUGGCGGAUGAGGUUUCAUUGGAGUUAACACUUUCAUGCAGCAGUUCUUCUGGGAAGAGAAGCAGGGACUCUUCGUCCAGUGACAUUACCACCCAAGAAGAGGGAGUUUCCAAGAGGCGGAAGUUGAUCAACAACGGUGAAGGCGAUGGAUCGAUCUCCAGUGACGAUGAACACAGAAACCAGGCUUCCAAGAUCGCCGCCAUGAAAGUCUACACUGAGGAGGAGGAAGAAGAGGAGAAAAAACUCACCACAAGGUUGCGGUUACACGAGGACACCUGGACGAUCAAGAAAGUGCUCCAAGAGAGCGAUGUCAAUGGAUCCUCCCGCCUCCUGCUAUCAACACAUGUGGUUGAAGAACACAUUAUAAAGAAGAUGGAUCAAAACCAUGUAGAGAAAAUCUAUUCUGGUGAAGGUGCAAGAAUCACAGUAUGUGACUACGACACUGAUAUGUCUGAAUAUCAGUUAACCUUGAAGAGAUGGCCCUCUACACGAAGCUUUGUCCUCAUUAAUAACUGGAGGAGAGACUUCGAAAAGAGAAGAGGAUUGAAGUGCAACGACGAGAUUGCAAUGCUGUGGGAUCCAUUCAAGUGCAUUCUCUGGUUUCGUGUUCUCAAGCAGGGGUCCUCAUAAGCUUGUAGACUUUUGAGUUUAUAUUUAGUUUAAUCUGCACACAGACUGCAUAUGUAUACACCAGAUAUAGAUGAAACUUUAAAUGUACUAUUUUUAGGUAUAAUACUUCAACAA